AUGCCUUCCCUCCCUUUGGAGCCGGUCCUCAUCCACGACUUUCCGUUGGGGACUUAUGUGAACUCCCUCGCCAUCCGCAAACAAGAUGGCGACAUCUUGGUAACGCUGGCCAGCAUUCCCCAAGUCUACCUCAUCUCUACCCGCGACGAAUUUGAAGCCACCAAGGUUGCCACUAUCCCAGGGGUUCAAGCUGCCCUCAGCAUUGUGGAAACACAAGUCAACGAGUUUUAUGUUGUCGCGGGCAACCUUUCCGUCACAGAAAAAACGUCCGAGAAGGGCUCCUAUUCGGUUUGGAAGCUGGACAUGAGAAAGAAAGACCGCUCGGUCGAACCAGCCAAGGUUGCCGAUGUCACGGAUGCUGCCCUGCUCGACAAAGCUACUCCGCUGGACUCCACCCGUUUGUUGAUCCCCGACAGUAUACUAGGGUCCGUUUGGAUGCUCAACAUCAAGUCGGGCCAGUCCCGCGUGGUUCUGAAUGACACGGCCAGCAUGUCACCAGUGACACCUAGCGGAGUUGGUAUCAAUUCUGUCGGCAUACAUGGAGAUUUCCUGUACUACGACAAUUCCCAGAAAGGGUCGAUCAGCCGGGUCCCCAUAGACCUACAAACCGCCACUCCCGUCGGCCCGGUGGAGCCCCUGUUCCAGAACAACGACACUGUGUUUGCUCAAGGAUUUGCGUUCCGCGGAAAUAGCCUUUGGCUCGCAAAUGGCUUCGACGAAAUCAACUUGUUCUCUGGCGCCACAUCACCGCAGAUAUCCACUCCCUUAGCUACCGAAGUGGUUGCGGGAAGUCCGAACGAGACGACUUUUGUGGGUCCCAGUGAUUGUAAGUUUGGAAGGAAACCUCUGGAUCUAAAACGUGGAAGUCUUUACGUUACCACCACAGGGAAAUCUAGUGAAGGAUACGUCUAUGGUGGUUCAUUGUUCAGAGUGGAUCUUGGUCCUCAUUUGUCAUAG